UAUAUCCGCCACCGGCGCGUCUCGUGCACAGCUUUUGAAUGUGGCGGAUCGCACUUAAUUUGGCAAUUAAUAAAUCAGAAAUAAACUUAAGCACACAAGUACGUGUUUUACGACUGCUCGAAUCACAAGCUCACUGCGGCUUUUUACUCUCUGCAGACGACACUCGUCUAGAGCAACGCUACAUGUCAAGUCAAGCUAAGAGAUUUUGCUCUGAAAACAUGACCGUUAAAAAGAUCGGAACCCAUAACGGCAGCUUCCAUUGUGAUGAGGUUCUGGCCUGUUUCUUCCUCCGCCAGCUUCCUGAGUACAAGGAUGCUGAGAUCGUUCGGACAAGGGACCCAGCACAGCUGUCAGAGUGUGACAUUGUCGUGGAUGUUGGAGGAGAGUUUAACCCAACAAGGCAUCGAUACGACCAUCAUCAGAGGUCCUUUUCAGAUAAUUUUAACAGUCUGCGUCCGGAGAAGCCGUGGGUGACCAAGCUCAGCUCAGCAGGUCUGGUUUACCUCCACUUCGGUCGUCAGCUGCUGGCCCAGCUGACACAGCUGAAGGAGGACGACAGGCAGCUGGAGGUGCUCUAUGACAAGCUGUAUGAAAACUUUGUGGAGGAGGUGGACGCUGUAGACAACGGCAUCUCGCAGUACGAUGGUGAGGCCCGCUACUCUGUCUCCACCACGCUGAGCGCACGUGUCGCCCACCUGAACCCGCGCUGGAACAGCAAGAGUCAGGACACCGAGGAGGGUUUCAGGAAGGCGAUGAAGAUGGUCGGGGAAGAGUUCCUGGACCGUCUGGAGUACUAUCAGUCCUCCUGGUUACCAGCUCGGGAGGUUGUGGAGAAGGCUAUAAAGGAGCGACAUCAGGUUGAUCCAAGUGGGGAGGUGUUGUUAUUCUCCCAGGGCGGCUGUCCCUGGAAGGAGCAUCUUUUCUCUCUGGAGAAGGAGCUCCAGGUGGAGACGCCAGUUAAGUUUGUCCUUUACCCGGACCAGAACGGGCAGUGGAGGGUGCAGUGCGUCCCUGCUGGACUCAACACUUUCCAAAACAGGCUGUCCCUGCUCGAGGAGUGGCGUGGCAUUCGCGAUCAGGCCCUGUCAGAGCUCAGCGGGAUUAAGGACUGCAUCUUCGUCCACGCCUCGGGCUUUAUUGGCGGGAACAAGACGCAGGAAGGAGCCCUGGAGAUGGCCCGGAGGACCCUGCAGGCCGCCGCCCAGUCCCCCGCCAACGGAAGCAGCUGAAAACACAGAAAGAGGCGAGGACGGCCAACGGCACAUUUUGUUCUCGGGUCGGUCUUUAGAGAGGAGGAUUAUUGUGUUAGUGUUUUUCUAGCUUGGAGCUUGUUGAUCCCAGUCAGGGCUAAUGUUGUUUUGUUCUGCCGUGCCAGGUUUAGGAUGCUAAUGGCAGCCAAAUAACCUUGGACCAGUUCCCUAAAUACCCAUAUUCCAACACAAGCUCUCUCUGAAUCAUAAUGUCAACUUUUGUUAUUCUUCUCUUCUCUGCCUGUUCAUGUAAAUGCUGCUCUGAUUUGGUUCUUAUGAAAUAAAACAACAAUUUGGAAUACA